CGCUGCCGCCUCCUUCUUCUGCCGCUCCUGGUGCUGCUUGUGUGCUCGUUUGGUGCGGACCUGGUACCUCUUUUGUGAAGCGGCAGCUGAGGAGACUCCGGCGCUCGCCAUGGCCGACGAAAAGCCCAAGGAAGGAGUCAAGACUGAGAACAACGAUCAUAUUAAUUUGAAGGUGGCGGGGCAGGAUGGUUCUGUGGUGCAGUUUAAGAUUAAGAGGCAUACACCACUUAGUAAACUAAUGAAAGCCUAUUGUGAACGACAGGGUUUGUCAAUGAGGCAGAUCAGAUUCCGAUUUGACGGGCAGCCAAUCAAUGAAACAGACACACCUGCACAGUUGGAAAUGGAGGAUGAAGAUACAAUUGAUGUGUUCCAGCAGCAGACAGGAGGGGUCUACUAAAAAGGGAACCUGCUACUUUACUCCAGAACUCUGUUCCUCCAGACCAAGAAGACAUUCUCAAUUAGAAAACUGCAAUUUGGUUUCAACACAUCUGACUACUACAGUAUAGUUUUCUCUAUUCUUUCAUUUUCCCCUUCCCCAUUCCUUUAUUAUUGUACAUAAAGUAACGGAUGUAUGUGCACAAGCAUUUGCAUUUUUUUUUUUUAACUAAAUGGCCAAUGGUAUGUUUUGAUCUACAUCAAAUGGAGAUGGGAUGGGGAAAAAAUACUGGUUCUGUGAAAACACCCCCUUUCUCCAUUAGUGGCAUGCUCAUCCAGCUCUUAUCUUUAUAUUCCAGUAAGUUAUUUUGCUCUCACUGUUUAACAAAAAAGAACAACAUAAAAAUUCUUGCAUACCUUGUUUGAUUGGAGAAUUUUAAUGUUUUUCAUUUAUCAUUGUAAAACCAAGGACAAUUUUAUAACUUUUUUGUACGUAGCUGUUACAUGUAGGGCAAUCUGUCUUUAAGUAGGGAUAAAUUACUCUAAAAAAAUGAAUCCUAGAUAGUUUUCCCUUCAAGUCAAGUGUCUUGUUGUUUAAAUAAACUUCUUGUUUAAAAUGAGCUGUUCUCUUUAUUCUGAGGAAUAUUAAAUAAGAAAAUUGAAGUUUAGAAUACCAAUAGGCCUGCUAGAAGUAACAUUUAAAGGAAGAAACAGGACUUUUUAUUUCUGACAGACUAAUGCAAAACAAAGAAUAACAAAGUUACAUAAAUGACUAUCAACGGAUGUUCCAGCCUCCUCUUUGUUAAAAAAGCUUAGGUCCAAAUAUGCAACUUUAGUAGCAAAAAAAAAAAAAAAUAGGUCAUACUAUGUGGAUUUACGCUCAAGCAUUCUUUUCUGUAAACCAUUACCUGAGGCCUUAGUAAAUGCAGCUAGGAAAAAGGUUCUGGUUUAGCUAACUGCUGAUAAGUCACUUAAUUCUCUAGCUUUCACUUUGGUGAGUAAUCCCUAACCUAAAAUAGAAUCUAAUCUGUUUCUUAUUUAAGGAUGUUGAAGGACAGAAAAUGUUUAUCUACAUAUAUUUCUUUUAGCAUUUAAAUAUAUAGGUGACUACUGUCUUUAAAUGUAUGGGGAAAGAUCAUGGCUAUAGAACCAAUAAGCAGAGUAUUUGAGCAGGGAAGAUAAAAAAAGAUGAUCUAAUUCUAACCCCUGUUUUGGGGUUGAGAAAACUGAUCCAGCGGGUUGUCACACAGCCACAUGGUUAUAGAACUGGGACUAGAGAUAGGUUUCCUGCUGCCUUUUUAUUCCAAUUGAAUUCUCUAAAACUAGUUCUCAAGAAACUGAAUUCUCACCCCUGCUAACCCACCAAUGUGGUCUUGUUGGAUCAAGUCCCCAUGUAAUAAUGCCAUGUGUUUCACUUAAUUCAUUGUACCGCUUACAAUAUGAUCUCUUUUACAUUCCCCAUGUCCAUAGUGAAUGAGCUUCCCCAGAAACAGGAAUUCUCUAGAUUUUUGGCUCUAUUAUGCAUAUGUGUUAAUCUUGAAUCAAUUUUUAUUUUGCUACCAACCCAUUUUUACAAUUAUAUUGUGAGACGGUGGGAAGCCUGCCCCCAAGAAUUCUUAGAAGGGAUCAGUUGAGUACAUUUCUCUUGACAUACUGAUCUAGGUACUAUUAAAUAGUGGAGUUCUGUGGUGUCCUAAAAACUAAAGUUAAAUUGAAAUUUAAAUCAGAGGACUUUAAUGUGGAAGGGGUCUUGAACUGGGUUCUUCAAGUUAGAGGAAUUAAUACUAUGAGUUUUUGCCUUGUUGGGAGAAGAUAAACUUGAAAUUCCUUCAUAGUGGAAAAACUUGAUACAAUUAAUAGAGCCAGAGAGAAAUGUGUGGAAAGGGCACUGUUCAAUAAUAUAGUAUGUUGUAGCUUAUUGAUACUUGGGUCAGUUUAUAUACCUUAUUUGUGUUCUUAAAUGGACUUCUUGAUUGUUGCUCUUGACCAUUUCACAUAAGUUGCUACCAAAACAAUUAUUGUAUGGAAAAAAUUUGUGGAGUACUUUUUAAAAAUUACUUUGAAAAUAAGUGAAAUGGUUUGAGUUGAAAAUACUGAAAGUAAUCUUUGCAUUUUAAUUUUUUUGGUUUGGGAGGGGACAUUCAAGUGAUGGGAGUUAUGCUGCCAUUUUGGUUAACUGUUACAAUUUGGCUAAACUCUUUCCGGCUGCCCUCAUAUUUAAUGAGAUUGACUGGAAGAUGGGAAGGAAUACUUUGAGGAAAAAUGGGAGACAGGUGAAAGUGCAAUUGGGAAUUGUGACAGCAGCAGGUCAGUGGACAGUGGAAUCUUAGGAUUUGAGGGAGUUUUUCCAAGGUCUUUGUGUAUAUAUGUGUGUGUGUGUUGGUGGGGAGGUGGUGGUGGUGGUGGUGGAUAGUAUAUUGGAGAGGGCCAGCUGUGCUGCUGGGUUAUUUUUGAGUUAGGUUAUUGCUGCUUUUAAAUAUGACUAACAGUGAUUCUGGAUCCUGGUUUUUCAUCAGAACGUCUGGGUGAGCUUUUUAAAAAUACCAGUGAUUCUGCCCUACCGCCCAGAAAUGUAUUUUCAAAGCAUGUGUAAUUGAGAAGCAAUUCUGGGAGGCAUCCUUACAACUCUUGAGUUAAUCAUCUUAUGGUGAAGAUUAAAUGAGAUAAGUAUUAGCUAGAAAAUGCCUCCCACAUGCUGAACUCUAAAGUUACUCAGCCCUGACAGGAUGGCUCAGUUGCUUGGAGCUUUGUUCCAUACACCAAAAGAUUGCAGAUUCGAUCCCUGGUCGAAUUUCAGGUUCAAUCCCAGUUGGAGCUGGAGGCAACUAAUUGAUGUUUCUCUCACAUUGAUAUUUCCCUUCCUCUCUCUAAAAAUCAAUAAAAAUAUGUCCUUGGGUGAGGAUUAAAAUAAAAAGUUGUUAUAAUCAGUGUGAAGUAAGGGCUCUGCCAGAGAAUGCUGAGGGUUCAACUGAAUACCUAAAUCUCUACCAGUUGGCCUGCACUUAAUGUAAAUGAGAAAUCAGAGACCCGGCCAAGAACUUUCUAUUUAUUAAAAAAAAACUGAAUAUGACCUUUGUCUCUUGUCUCAUUAGAUUUUUUUAAUAAAUGCUUAAUACUAAAUAGUGCCCUAGUGAGUCUUUAAGGAAAAAUAUUCCUCAGGAUAUUUUUUAAAUCCUCGCCCAAGGAUAUAUUGAUUUUAGAGAGGGAGGAAGAGAGAGAGAUGUGAGAGAGGAUCAUUGAUCAGCUGCCUCCUGCACGGACGGUCCCCACUGGGGAUCGAGCCUGCAACCUGGGCAUGUGUCCUCCCCUGGGAAUCAAACUGUGACCUCCUGGUUCAUAGGUUAACACUCAACCACUGAGCCACACCUGCUGGACUUUUAGCUAUUUUUGCUAAGGAGAUGAAUUCAUUUUAGGAGAGUGGGACAGAUGGGUUAGGGACGUAGAGUGUAUGUACCAUUUUGUUUACCUUUGAAUAAAGAGAAGGCAAGAACAUGAAAAAGCUAUUUUCCAUUAUUUGAGACCUCUUCGUGCAUUUGUUUAAUGGCAAAUGAGCUUUCAGAGAACUUGGGUUGUCUCAGUGGGCAUUGAUCUGCCACCCUCUUUUUUGGUGAGGAUAUGGCUAAGAAAAGAAUGGACAGAUGUAUACUAAAUUUGGCUUUAAGAGUGAUGGAUGCAGAACUUAUGUGUAAAUAUGUGUGGUUAAGUCAUACAUAAGUGAUACGCUUAUGAAGUAUCCUGCAAUAUUGAGGCUGAGAAAUAAAGCUUUUUAGAAAUA